AUGACACGCGCUCUACUCCUCGCUGCCCUAAGUCUGGGCGCUGCGGCGCUACCCGCUUCAUCGGGUAUGAGCAACAUCAAGAACAUCGUGGUUCUAGUACAGGAAAACCUGUCUUUUGACCACUUUGCCGGUGGACUCGACUAUGACUCCAGCAUUGAUGGCCCACAGAAUCCUCAAUUCUGUAAUCCUGCCAAUGUUUCCCUCUCAGAUUCACAUCAGGUCUGCGCCAAGCCAACGGCGAAGAAUAUCGCAUCCGAUGACCCAAAUCACAGCAUCGCGGGUGGCAACAUGCAAGUCUACGGCUCCUACCACCCUGCCUCAGGAGCCCAAGCGUCUAUGAAUGGGUUCAUCAGUGAGCAGCGUGCCUCCUACCCACAUGAUGACUUGGAACGGGCGUCCGAGGCGAUCAGCUAUUUCAAACCAGAGCACAUCCCUGUCUUCAACACUAUCGCCCAGAACUUUGUGUUGUUUGAUCGCUGGUUUGCUUCAGUUCCUGGUCCCACAAACCCCAAUCGGGCCUACCUGACCUCUGGCACCUCACACGGCCAUGGCAAAAAUGAUGCCGAGUUCCUCAACUCCGAGCUGCCGCAGAAGUCCAUUUUCGAGCAGUUAUCAGACAAGGGCAUCACUUGGAAGAAUUAUGAGAACUCCACCAAGUCGAAUCCCCCGUUCUUGCCUGACUCCCUCUUCUACAGUUGGACUGCGAAACAUGGCAAAGCAAAUGUCGUUCCCAUCUCUCAGUUCUAUAGUGACGCCGAGGCUGGAGAACUCCCGCAAUUCACUUGGAUCAACCCAGAGUGCUGCUCUUACAUGUCGAUGCAUCCCCCGUCCCCGAUCAACAUGGGCGAGAACUUCAUCAAGAGCGUCUACGAGGCUGUGCGCAAUUCUCCGCAGUGGAAUGAGACCCUCUUCAUUCUGACCUGGGAUGAGCAUGGCGGUUUUGCGGAUCACGUUUCGCCUCCCUCUAAUGUGCCCGCUGGGGACACUCUGACCUACACGGAGGACGCCAGGGAUGGUGAACAGUAUACCUUCCACUUUGAUCGUCUGGGAGUUCGAGUUCCGACAGUAUUGAUCUCCCCCUGGGUUUCCAAGGGUUUCGUGCAGCACCAGCCUAGCGACGGCGAGGGGAAUGAGUUUACACACACUUCUAUCCUCAAAUUUGUCUCCGAGCUUUGGGGACUAGAUUCUCUAUCUCCCCGAGUGGAUUGGUCGCCUUCCUUCGGGAACUUGAUCACAAACAAGUUCCGAAGUGAUACUCCGGAGAAGCUGCCGCAAGGAGCGGACUUUUGA